CGAAGACACUGGGCUCUUGCCCUGUUAUGGGAGAGAUUUAUUAUGACGAGGGUAGUUACCUUGCUUUUUUGUUGUGGAGGAAUAAUUAAAACCAACUCUCGGCUCUUUUCGUUUCGAGAAACGAUUAAUGCCGAAGUCACUCGGCACUUUCCGUAUGGAGGCGCGUUUACAGCCGAUUCCCUGCUCUGCGCUCGCGACUCUGGCACAUCACUCAUAAAGCGUUGUUUUGGUCUCGACCUAUCCUACUUACAAGCGCUUUUCUCUCCAACAAGAAAAUGGAUACCGCUAACCAGAUUGUGUCACUUGGGACAUUCCAAGUUCUUAAAUUACCUCUGGGAUUCAUCCGCGUUCUGGAAUGGCUUUUUGCCAUCUUUGCAUUUGCAACAUGUGGGGGUUACUCUGGGCAACUGCGGGUUAGCGUGGACUGCAUCAACAAGUCCGACAGCAACCUCAGUAUUGGCAUCAACUUUGCUUACCCAUUCAGGUUGAACCGGGUGGAUUUUGACGUGCCAAUGUGUGAGGGAAGAAGGCAAGAGCGGCUUUACCUGAUCGGAGAUUUUUCUUCCUCCGCAGAGUUCUUCGUCACCAUUGCUGUAUUUUCCUUUCUCUACUCCCUGUUCGCCACAGUGGUCUACAUAUUUUUCCAGAACAAGUACCGCGAAAACAACCGCGGACCUCUCAUUGACUUCAUAGUGACGGUGGUGUUCUCAUUUGUGUGGUUAGUGAGUUCAUCUGCGUGGGCAAAAGGGCUUUCAGAUGUGAAGACUGCAACUGAUCCAGAUGAGGUGGUUCUGCUCAUGUCUGCAUGUAAGGUGCAGACAAACAAGUGCAGCUCAGUGUACGGACCCAGAUGGUCCGGCCUGAACACAUCUGUGGUAUUCGGCUAUUUGAACUUCGUGCUGUGGGCUGGAAACAUCUGGUUCGUGUUUAAAGAGACUGGAUGGCACAAGGGAGGCGCAGCGAGGUACCCUGCCUCGUCCUCAGAAAAACAAACCACGGCCUUCAACCAGCAGGUUUACAACCAGGGAAGCUUUGAUCAAUCAGGAGCUGCUUUUACUGGAACGGGGGACUUCGCCCAAUCAGAGUACAGCCAGGUGGGAAAUUAUGCGUCAAGUGGGCCCGUCUCCUACACCAAUCAGUAACCCCUACUGCCUCUUUGUAAUCCCCUACUACAAGGGGGACCCAUUUCUAAGGGCAAAGUUCAAACAUUGAGCACCAGAGAGGAAGGAAGAGAUUAGUUUAAUGGAUAUAUUAAAAGUACAUCCUUUAUUUCUGAUUAGAUAAAUAACUAAAGGCUUGUUUGUCCAUAAUACUAAUAUGUUUUAAAAAUGAAUGAAAGAUAUCCUCAGAUGCAUUGAAUGGUUUUUCGACUUUACCUCUCUAUAAAUGUACAUCACAAAUAGCACAGUUUACAAAAGUGGCAUUAUGUCACUACGACCAAAAGUUUUUACUCCGACGGUCCAUUCGGGAUCUAAAUAGUGUCUCUGCUUCGUGAAACAAGAAACUCUUUCCACAACCUCAAAAAAUUAUUCAUAUUCAUCAAAUGCUCCAUCAGAGCAUUUUACAGUGUUAUAAAGUUAACAUAAAUUGUUGUUUGAAACUUAUUUUACUUACAAAUGUGACAUAUUUUACAUAGUGGAACCAUUAUGAAUACAAAAUUGCUAAAAUGGUUUGGUAAAUGGCCAUUGGUUAACACCAUCCAUCGAUAUGGCAAUGUUGUUUCCAUCAAGUAAUGAAUAUCUUCAUAAAUAUAAUUUAUAUUUGUGACUAUCUUUUGAAUAAAAUUCACAGAUGAAUAUUCCACAACAAGAGCAUGUGUUUUAAGAAAGUCAAUGGGGUCCGUUUUGAUUUCAUGACGACUUUUAAGUGUAUACCUGUCCUGAUGAGUAGCUGAUGCAGGUGUUUGUUAUUUACAAUGUAUAACAGAGAUUUCUGUUUUCAUUUGUCAGUAUAGAUGUUAGAUUGCUGUUUGUCAGGUUUCUGGAUUUCUUAUCCCUGGAAUAAUGUCAUGCCAGUGGUUGUUGGUUUGGUGUUUACGCCAUUGUGAUUCCACAUUUAUAUGGCUCUUUAAUGUUUGCACUGUAUUUAUGAACUGCAUGAUGUUGUGACAUAUUAACCUGGUUGAGAUGGUCCUCGCUGCAGAACACAAAAUCCAGGGGGAGGAGUUGAAUCCACAUCCAACUCGUCCCACCUUACAUGUAUCUAAACCUAUCCAUCUCCACCCCCUGAUCCCGAACCCCACCCCUAAUCCUACCCAUCUCCGUCCCUGAUCCCGAACCCUACCUCUAAUCCUACCAUCUCCGCCCCCUGAUGCCUAACACAACCCAUCUCCACCCCCUGAUCCCUAACCCCACCCCUAAUCCUACCAUCU